CCUUCUUUGGAGGUCUUUAAGCAGAGGCUUGACAGGCAUAUGGCAAGAAUGCUUUGAUGGUGUUUCCUGCUUGGCAGGGGGUUGGACUGGAUGGCCCUUGUGGUCUCUUCCAACUCUAUGAUUCUAUGAUACACACAAUUAUCUCAUGCACAUUCAGCUAGAGAGAGAGAAAGAGAAUAUCCACACUGGCAAUCCCACCCACCAUUGACCCCAAUGUGUUUUGAUUAUACAUAGAUUUUGGCUUUUUGUGCUAUCCCUGGAACAUAACCCCUGUGUAAGCUGAGAGUCACCUGCAUUUGCAAAAUAAAUUAGUAAACAGUGCUUAAAAAUCACACUAUUUUCCUUUGAGGGUUGUUUUUGGAAAGGAGAAGUGGAAGAACAUAACAGACUUAAAAGGGAAAUGGAUUCUUCCAGCGUUUGAAACAUUUUGUGUGAAACAGGGACACUUCAAAAGAGGCUUUAUUCAGCCUUCAUUAAAGAAUUAAGUUAACUCUGGAAAGUACAAGCCUGAAGUCCUAUACACACUUGGGAGUAAGUCCCAUUAAGUCCAGUGGGACGUGGUUCUGGGUAAACAUCGGGAGGAUUGAGUUUCACCGUGACUAAGAUUUAGUAAGCUUUCCAAAACUUUGCAAUGUUUUCUGCCAGCUAAUUGCUGUUUAUUGCACUAAACCUUGGUCCUCAAACAGUAACUUUUUCCAUCUUAAAGUGGGUUGUCCCAUUCAAGUGAAGAGCAUGUUGUCUGAGUGCUAAAUGGAAUUACUACCCAUGGAAACUAUGCUGCAAGAGGAGUUGAUAAAGCAGCUGCCUAUGCAAACCUCAGCUGUUUUUUCCAUUCUCCAGAGCAAAGUUAAUUAGCAUAGGGAAACUGAAUAAUGUGCUUACGUCACCUCUUUCCAGUUGAAGCUUAUAUUUUGUCCCUGACUGCCUGAAAGCAUGCGGCAGGACUUUGUUCAGGAAUUUGCUGUCGCAUACAGGAUGCUCUGAAAACUUUUUUUUUUUUGAGGGGCUGGACUUGGUCCUUUUUAUAAACUCUCACUCUACAGUACAAAACUGCUUUUUCAAAAAAGUACUUUUGGGUGAUCUUGUACUGAGCUCUUAGCGUUCUUUAAGAGAGCAGAAGAUGCAUUUUAGAAACUUUGAUUACAUUUUUGGCUCCUUAAUUGCUUGCGUUGCUGACAACAAGGUUUUCAAUCAACCAGAAAUUAGGGCAAGAUUUGAAGCACUCUUUAGAACAUACGACAAAGAUGUCACAUUUCAAUAUUUUAAAAGUUUUAAAAGAGUACGGAUAAACUUCAGCGACCCUUUGUCAGCAGCCGACGUUAAAAUUCAGUUACACAAGAAAGAAUUUCUUGGAAAGGAAUUGAAAUUGUAUUUUGCUCAGACUUUGCAUAUUGGAAGUUCACGCUUAGCACCACCAGAUCCAGAAAAACAGUUUCUGAUUUCACCUCCAUCUUCUCCCCCUGUUGGCUGGACUCAGUCUGAUGAUGCUACACCUGCCAUUAACUAUGAUCUUUUAUAUGCGAUCUCCAAACUAGGACCAGGGGACCAGUAUGAACUUCAUGCUGCAACAGAAACUACUCCCAGUGUUGUUGUCCACGUGUGUGACACGAAUGAAGAACGUGAGGCAGACGCAGAGAAAAAAGAAGCCAAGAAUGCAAAACCUAAACCAAAAAUUAUUCAGACCAGGAGGCCAGACUAUACUCCUUCUUACCAAAGUUGAACUACGUAGAGCUUUGAAAUGUUCCAAACUUGCAUGCUCAAGGGAGACAUUGAGGAAAUGACGUCAUAAAUCUGAUGACAUUAGAGGUGGAAGCAGCAAUUCUAACGUACAGAUGUUUUAAGAAAGGGAAUGUCUUCAUUUGUUUGUUUUAAUGCUGCACGUUGGCUGACAAGACCAAUCCCAAAAUGAACUUCUGAAUGGUUGUCCUGGAGAAUGAUUAAAUAGUGGCAUUGGGGCAAAAAGCAUGUACUGUUGUGCUUUAGGGCUAUUUUCAGAUACUCCAGACUUCUGUUACAAAGCAGCUGAGGAUGCCUCCUCUAUUUAUGUAUGCCCCUGAUAAAGUCCUCCAAUUCAUAAGUUAGCAUGGCUGCCAUUCUAAAAUACACUCACUGAUAAAUACACUCCAUUGGAAUCAGUAGGGCAUACAAGUACGUAUGUUAGAGAUUGCAGCUUGUAUAUGACUUACGGUGGUAAAGAGAUGGUUUUAAUGCAAAAGGGUGAUGUCCAGCAUUAGUAAUGAGUUGACCCAUUGAAAUCAGUGGACUCAAUGUGUCUACUCUGAGUAUGACUAACAUUGAAUAUUAACCACAGUAAGAUAUAUUUAAUCAUUUUUCCUAUUAGAUUUUGUGCAUGCCUGUAAAACUUGAGAAGUUUAACUUCCUCUGCAUUUUCCAGUUUUACAUUAUCCCAAAUACUGAUUUCUCGGUUUUCCUUCUGAAUUAUGUUUGUAUUGGCAUUCAUUUUUCAGUGGGGACAAAUUUUUAGUGAAGUUUGGUGCAAUAUCCCCUUUUAAUGUUAACUGCCAAUGCAUGGUUUAUCUAGGAAACCUAUAAAAAAACUUGUGCACAUUUAAAGUGGGUUGACAGUUUUUAAUUAUUCUAAAUGAGAUUAUUUAAUAUUGAUUUAAAGCACCUUGACUUCUUUACUGAUCAGAAGUACAAAAAACCUGCAGAUAAAGCUGAUACUGUGUUGUUACAGUUCACAACUGAGAGAGAAAUAUAAGUUUGCCCUAGCCACAAACUUGUACAUUUAUAACUGUUGGUGUUUAAAUGUUAUUAAUGGUGCUUGAGCACAUCUAGUGUGAAAACAAAUGUGAAAUGUGGCAUUUGCGAAGGUUGGAGUGCCUUUUUCUCAUGAAUUCCUGGGAGGAUUGUUGCACUAGCUGUAAGAUUAUUUAAUUUUUUAAUUGGCAUUAGAUAUUUGAUAUAACUAUUUUCUGCUAAAGCAUCAUCAAGUAAGGUGUGUUAUUAUAUUUCCCAUUGUUUGAUGCAGAGCCACAAUGCUUCUUCUUCUUCUCUUUUUAGUGCUUUGUGUCUGAGCAGCAAUUUAUUAGCUACUGCUAAAAGUCUAGCGGUAAAUGGUGUUCAAGCUUUUUUUGUACCAUAUUUACAAGCAAAAUUUACUGCACAGUGACAUCCCACUUCAAGUAUUUCUAGGAGUUUUCUUUUAGAAUGGAUUAUUGAAAUGAAUUUUAAAAGGCUUUUAAAAAUAAACAUUUCACAAUUUGUGAUGUCUAAGCAAAGGUGUUUUCUCUGUUUUUCCUCCCUAAUAUGAGGGAUUCCAUGCUGCUUGUACAUUUCUAGAAACUAUAAGAAGCUGGAUAUUUCCAUACAGAUGUCAGUGGGAGCUCUGUUUUAAGAGAACCUGUUCUGUCAUAGAAAUUUUAAUGAGAGGUUUUUCACUAUGAGGUGUACCAUCCUUCUUGGAACAGAUGUAGCCAGGAUAGUAUAAAUAGCUCGAUUAAGUCAGCAGUACAGAGUGUACUUUAUUUGUAAUAUUCCAGCUUUGCCCAAGAUGUGUGUUUUUAAAAACUAUGAAGCCCAUUCAAUACAAGUACAAAUGAAACAACAGUGUGUAUUUGUUUUCUUUCAAAGGGCAACCAAAAAGCUCCAGGGUGUCAUGCUGCAGAUCUUGAUUGUAUUACCACCUUUUUCUUACACUGUAUAAGCUGCUCCUAUAUUUGUAAAUGUUUUAAAUACCCACUCUACAGACUAGUUAAGAUGGAUGACUAUUUAAGGUUAUUUAAACUUACAAGUAAAUGCUGUUGAGGUCAUUAGGACUUACCGUACUUUUCUUUAAGUUGCAAUCCUGCAAAUAGGGCUCCUUCAGUGCCAUUGAUCUCAAAGAUUUAAGCUGUCUAACUAUGUAGGGAGAGCUGUAGUCCUUGGUCCCAUUGAACCCAAAUGGGACUAAAUCAGGUAUGUCAGCUGCACUGCUUUAUGAAGUUUACCUACACCAGGCAUGGCCAAACGUGGCCCUCCAGAUGUUUUGGGACUACAGUUCCCAUCAUCCCUGACCACUGGUCCUGUUAGCUAGGGAUGAUGGGAGUUGUAGUCCCAAAACAGCUGGAGGGCCAAGUUUGGCCAUGCCUGAUCCUGCACUGGUGAGCUACUACCUAAUUGUCAUGUAUUAAACACAGAAUGUAAACAAGACAAACACAAUAUGCUAUCUGCUUAUAAAACCAGUCCUCCUUAUGACAUGCAGCCCUUGGAAAAUAUUUAACUGUGGCAAGAUGUGAUUUUGUACAUUGCAACCAGAGAGGAAUGGCAGGAGGGGAGAAUGCUCUUGUGCUCAAGUUCUGCUUCUGGGUAUCCCACAGGCGUCUGGUUGGCCACUGUGGGAACAGGAUGCUAGACUAGAGGGGCCACUGGCCUGAUCCAACAGGCUCAUCUUAUGUGUUAGUCAAUGCCCCAUUCAUCCUGUCUCAUGUCAGUUCAUUCAGCUGGUGUACAGGGCUUGCUAUUGAAAGAAGGCAAGGCUCUGUGGUUUGCUGUAGCCUUACUCACUUUAGAUAACCCAGGAUGGACCAGAGCAACAGCUGAGCUACUGUAGUGCAUUCUUUAUAAGUAUCCACCACAGGGAUAGGGAAUCUGUGGCCCUCCAGCUGUUGUUGGAUGACAGCUCCCAUCAUUCCUCGCCACUGGCUAAGCUGGCUGAUGGGAAGACCACCUCUUCCCCAGGCCUGACCUGUUACUACCAUGCCUGCACAUGGCAAAACUUUCUGAUGGUCCUUCCUCUUUUCGCUGUACAUGGAUACAGCUUUUGAUUGGAAUUUUGUAAUCGAAUAAUACUUCUGAACCUAGCAGGGCUCCUUUGCAUCACACCUAAUUUUCUUUAAUGAUAAUGAGAAAACACAUAGAGGUGUGAUUUCUAGUGUUACGUCUAAGAUGCUGCAUGAAGCAAAUGGACAUUUGGAGGCUUGGUGAACUUAAGUAGGCUGAAAUAUUACACAAGCUUAGUUGGUGUGUAAAUGAGCAGUAUUGAACAGAAGUGCUCCUGGGUCAUAGAGAGUGGGGACUAGGAGUUCCAGGAAUUGCCCGUGCUUGCAUCUUAACUUAAUUACUACUUACUUAUUAUUAUGAACACACCUUUUUAGCACAAAUUUAUUAUUUGCAGUACUUUUUUAUGACAGCAUUUUUUAAAAAUGUGCACAAUUUUGUCCAUAUUUAAAUAGACGUAUUUUAUAUCAAAUUUAAUAAAUUCAAAAGGAAUGAUGGUAUGAAUUGGUUGCAGCUCGUAGAAAUAGGGCACAUGUCCAUAGUCAUGUAAAAUUUAAAAUAUCUGCACCCCAAUUUUCUAGUUUACAAGUAAAAUAUUUGAUAUGUUAGCAGUGAAGUCCUUGCAUUUGAGUGGAACAGUCCAGUCCUUGCCUUUUCAUUUCAGAUCCUUUCCUUGCUUGUUUCAUUUGCAUUGAUAAAAAGGUUAUAAAGGGAGUUCAUGAUUCUUGCAAAACAAAUGCUCAGAGUAUAUAUUAUCUUUCCAGAUUUUUUGGUUUGUUUGUGUUUAAACAGUGGAGCAGGAAACUCAGCACUCACAGAAAUAACCAUAUAAAAUGCCAGGUAUGCAUAGAAAUCCAACCUAGCCUAUUUAUUAUUAUUGCUCCUGUGAGAUAGCCAAUGUUAUAUGUUUUGUUCAAUUGUUAUGGGCAAAUGUGCAUAGAGACUUUCAUACUUUAUAAUAUAAAUUCUACAAAAAGGCA